AGCGUCGGCAGAACCCUCAAGGAAAUGCGGACGCUUGCUUACACCUACUGACUCGCUGCAUGAAGAACAGCCGCCAAAUGCAAGCCGUGGAAGACGUCUUUAUUAACGGGAGUUUAGCUAGAUCAUGCGAGCCAAACGUCCUGGAGGAAAGCCGCAACUGUAUUGACGCUGCCAGUCAUUGCAAUAACAACCCUUUCUACUACGGCGUUAGCAGCUCUCAAUUGGUGAUUGACUUCAUUUGCCAGAACGGUGAAGCAUUUGUAGCGGGGAAGGACUGCUUUGGCCGCGCGAUGAACGCGUCAAUGAUCCGUAACUGCAUCAAUCCUCCGAGUAGCGUGUGUGUAUCUACCUGCGUCAGAAAUGAUGUGGCAAUGAUGCCCGGUUGCUCUGAGGCGGACUCCAUCCUGAUGGGUCGCAUGGUAGCCUAUUCCCUGCAGGGAAUACCAGGACAGUGCUAGAUACAGUUCAGGCGUCUCUCUAAACAAUUGAAUGGCCAUUAAGUCUCAAGGUAUUCCCAGGCUUCACAAGGGACCGACCAUGAAGUCUUCAGAUGUUUCCUGCUCUCACGAAAAAACACAACGCUAAACUCCGUUGGAACUCCGUGGAAUAAGUGCAUAAGACUGCCCAGGUCACGAAUUACAAAUGCAUGGAUCUCCUAGAGACAUUUUAACAGAAUAUGUAUGUUACAUUAUCCACUAUUGUAGCUUGUGGCUAUAUUUCUGUCAACACGCCCUGCUACUGUACCUGUUUGUUCCUAUACUAACUGUGCAUAAUAAAGACAUCAUUGCACUC